CCAAUGUCAAAGCCUCUGAUUCUGUUUCUUCCAAUGUCACAGUCUCUUAUCCUGUUUCAUAACAAUGUCACAGCCUCUUAUUCAGUUUCACCAAUGUCAAAGCCUCUUAUUCUGUUUCAAAACAAUGUCACAGCCUCUUAUCCUGUUUCAUAACAAUGUCAAACCCUCUGAUUCUGUUUCUUCCAAUGUCACAGCCUCUUAUUCUGUUUCUUCCAAUGUCACAGCCUCUUAUUCUGUUUCAAAACAAUGUCACCUUUUAUUGUGUGUGCCUUAUGCUAAUAAUAUUUCUGAGACUAUUUUCUCAUUAGCCUUUUGGGUCUUAUUUGAAAAGCAACUAUGGUGUCAUCCUACUACAUGUAUUGUGCAGCCUUUAACCUACUACAUGUAUUGUGCAGCCUUCAUCCUGCUACAUGUGUUGUGCAGCCUUUAACCUACUACAUGUAUUGUGCAGCCUUCAUCCUGCUACAUGUGUUGUGCAGCCCAUGGGUGAGGUACUUCAUCCUAUUACAGGUAUUGAGCAUGCUUUAUCCUACUACAUGUAUUGUGCAGCCUUCAUCCUAAUACAUGUAUUGUGCAGCCUUCAUCCUAAUACAUG